UGUUUGAAUUAUUUAAUAAAAUCAUAAAAUAGUUUCCUGUUUUAUCUGUCACUGUCACAAUUUACAUGACAAUGACAAUUGAGUUGUUUUGUUUUAUGUUUCAUGAAAUUUGUAAGCUUUUUUUGGCUAAGCGAAAUAGGUUUUGUUGGGGUGUUGCAUGAAUUAUUAAAUUAAAUUUUAGUGUUAUAUUUUCAAUUUCCAAAAUGGUUAAAAGAAAAAGUACAGCUCUAAUAGAUAGUGAUUCCAGUAACGAUUCAGAAAGUGAUUUGGAUUCGGAAUUUUUGAAUCUUGCUAAAAAGAAAAACAAAAAGAAAAAAUCGCCCGGAACUAAGUCUUCAGAAUCAGGGUCAGAUUCGGAGGAUUCUUCGAAAAAUGCAAAGAAAAAGGCUAAAACAGAUUCUAUCACCUCAGAUUCUGAGCCUGAGCAGGAGAAGGAACCUAAGAAAGCCGAGCAGGUGGUACAAGAAGAAGAUGAAGAAGGCGAAGAUGCCGAAGUUGAGGCUGAGAAAUCAGAACCUGAAGAAGGUGAGGUUUCAGAUUCUUCCAGCUCUGAAGAGGAAUUCAACGAUGGCUAUGAUGAUCAGUUAAUGGGAGAUGAAGAGGACAGAGCCAGAUUAGCUGCCCUGACUGAGAAAGAGAGGGAAACUGAAAUUUUCAAGAGGAUAGAACAAAGAGAACUUAUGAAAACAAGGUUCGAGAUAGAGAAGAAAUUGAGGCAAGCCAAAAAAGCUGAACGUGCCAAAGACAAAUCUUCGAAACCUAAGGAAAAAGAUAAAGAUAAAGAAUUUGUCAGUAAGUUACAGAAUGAUUUUAGUUCUAUUGACCACAAGGAAAGGAGCAAAGAAAGGAAGAAAAACAUCGAAGAGAAUAGAGGAAAGACGGACAAAAGAGUCAACGCCAUGGCGGAGCUGAAGGCGCGGCGAGAGGGAAAACAGAAGAGGGAGGAGGCGGAGGAGGAGAGGAAGAAGCGCGAGGAGGAGAAAAAGAAGGAGGAGGAAGAGCAGAUUAUGUCGAAGAAGAAUGAGAAGAAACUCAAGGCUUCUGAUAUUUAUUCUGAUGAUUCCGAUGAUUCUGAUGAUGAAGGAAAAUCUUCGCCGACUCCUCAAAGACAAACAACAGCGUCGGUAAGAUCGCGAUCUCGUUCACGAUCGAGAUCCGCAUCGGGCUCCGGAUCUAGAUCAUCCUCGAGCUCAAGUUCCAGUGACAAUGAAGAAGACAAGAAGCAACCGGCCUACGUUCCUUCUAGACAAGAUCUGAACCAAAUCAGGUUGUCUAGGCACAAGCUCGAGAGGUUUGUUCACAUGCCCUUCUUCGAUAGGAUAGCAAAAGGUUGUUUUGUACGGGUAGGAAUAGGCCAGCAUAACAAUGCACCAGUGUACAGGGUGGCCGAAGUUAUAGGCGUUUAUGAAACUGCCAAAAUUUAUAUUUUGGGCAAAACGAAAACCAACAAGGGUUUGAAAGUGAGACACGGCAAUCAAGAACGGGUAUUUAGGUUAGAAUUUAUAUCGAAUCAGGAAUUCACGGACGGGGAAUAUUUGAAAUGGGUGGAGGCCACGGCAGCGGCGAACAACGACAUGCCGACCAAGGGGAAAAUCGAGCAAAAACAGGCCGAUAUCAAGGAAGCCAUUAGCUACGAAUUCAAUGAACAGGACGUAGAAAGGAUAAUCCAAGAAAAGUCCCGUUUCAAAUCGAACCCGUUCAACUACGCUAUGAAAAAGACGCAAUUGAUGAAAGAGCGAGAUUCCGCUUUGAGCAAGGGCGACGAAGAGGUGGCCAGAGAUCUGGCUCAAAAAUUGUCGGACUUGGAGGAGCGGGCGUCCGAAUUGGACAAAUUACGUACUUCUACCAUUUCCAGUAUUUCGUAUAUCAACGAUAGAAAUAGAAAAAAGAAUGUCGAGGAGGCAGAGAAGGCCAUAAUGGCCGAAGUUAGGGCAAAUAAAGGCAAAAAGAUCGAAGAUCCGUUCACUAGACGCUCGACGAAGCCGAGGAUGAACUUCAAGUCGGGUGAGAAGGAAGCGCGUGAACAGCUGGAGGCCGAAAUGGCUAUAAAAUCCGGUGUGGUAAAGAAACCAGAAAAUCUACCCGUCCAAGAAAGCAAAAAGGCUGCCCAACCGACUCAGGUCACUCAAGACGAUCUGUUUUCUGCUCACGACUUUGAUAUUAAAAUUGAUCUCGAAGUUCCUCUAGCCGCAACUCCUGUAAAUGUGGUUCCUAAGACAGUUACAAAAGAUUUGGCUCCGAAAAGAAGCCUCAACCUCCAGGACUACAAAAAAAAGCGAGGGCUCAUAUAGUAUUUAUGUUCCCCCCGACAUUUCUCGUUUUGGAAACGUAAACGUAAAUUUUAGGAUAGAGACAGAUGCAAAAAAUGGUAUUGAAUAUUUUUCUUAGGAGGUGUACUUUUAAAUAUUUAUUUAAUUUUGUAUCAAACCAUUUUUGUUCUGCUUUAAGAGUGAUAAGUAUUGUACAUAGUAGUAUAUAAAUGUGACAUAUGUGUCUUAAUGUAAACGUUAUAGUAAUAAAAUCAAUUUUUUAAUAAGUG